AUGGCCUUGGCCUUACUAGGCUUGGCGCCAUCGUCCUACGACAACGCGCCGGGCAACAAUUUCUCCAUCGCGAAACCCGAAGACCUUCCCGCCCAGUUGCGCCAAACCCUCGAGUCCAAGCAGACACCGACCCGAUGCGAGCACUUGUCCUUAGUUCUCGAGAUUCCUCCGACCGUAGAAUUUGCAAUCCAGGAGAGCAAUGGAGAUGCCCAGGAGAACAUCGACCCGGCUAUGGGCAGCCCCGGUCCCGACACCGUCAACGACCAGCCGGCAAAGAUCGUGCGUGCAUAUGAAGUAAUCAUAAACCAACCACGAGACUCUUCAGAUAUGCAGCAAGCAGUCGCAAAGAAUAUAGUCGAGUUGGUGUCGGCGGUGGAUGAGAGCACAUGGAUCGUCAGAGAAGUCUCGCGAGGUCAGCAUGGUUGGGCUAUCACGUACAUGUGUAAAGACUCAGUUGCCAUGUGGAAUCGUCAGCACGCGAAAGCUGUGUCAAGAUCGAUCAUAGGAGAAUACAGUCAGAAGGAGCUGGAUCCCAUUGUUACAGGCCGACCGGCUUUCGAUUGCCGUGGUACCCUUACCAUACUGUUCUCGAAGAACUCACGAACGAUCAAUGUCAAGUACGAGCACACACCGCUGCACAAGACUGUUGGAGAGAUGAUUCAGCAUUUCCGACCACUCCCUCCUGCCGCACCCCCUGUGCCAUUGAUUCCAGCCAGUAACAAGCCAAGGAAGACCCCGAGAAAGCGGAAAGCCGAAACAAAUGAAGAUGGGACGCCAGUUCAGCCCAAACCAAAAAGAAAGAAGAAAUCUCAAGCCGCAGAGGCUGUUGCAGAGGCGUCUACUGACAUCCCAGCAGCUGACACGGAUAGCCAGGCAGCUACCGUGCCGACCAAGGCAGACGCUGCGGUGCAGAGUGGUAUCCAUGCUCAGGCAGUACUAAACGUACCUCCGGCAGAAGCGGAGAGGCGCCGUGAGGCUGCUAUCCGGCUUCUGAGCGAAAGCGGCGUGGAUCCCGCGACUCUUUCAACGGAACAGUUCGGCAUUUUCGCUAACCAGUCCCCGGAGCUCCAAAAGGACUCACUGGAAAUGCUCGUUAAGUACGGUGCCGAGAGAUUGCGCAUUGUUCACCCCAGUGAUGCUGCUGCCUCGUCGUCAAAUAGUGCAUCUCCUGUGCCACGGAAAGCGUCAGCGCAUGGAGAUGAGGCUAGUUCCGCGCCAGCAGCCUCUCAACAACUCUCUCAGGGGAAGGGGGAGACUCAAAAGUCCAAGGCAGUUGUUCUGGACGGCGAAACAGACGAAAGAUGGGUUCCCGCCCCUGCUGGCACGCCCUUGAAAGAUAUUUCUCGAGGCUCUUGCAUAGCAUGCAGGAUCAGUAGAGCCAAGUGUAAUCGGAGCAAGCCAACCUGCGAUGUAUGCGAGGAGCAGAGUCUUAACUGCCAGUAUCCUCUCGUUAAGAAACAGGCGCCACGGAAGAAGUCGAAAGCUCAAGACAUCGACAACGACGACGUCGAGGCAGAAGACGCUGAUGUCGAAGUCGACGCUGAAGAUGAUGGUGAUGCAGAGCCUCAGCCUGACCCUGCAGCAGAGACCGAGGAAGAGCACGAACCCGACGAUAUUGAGACGAUUGAUUACACGUCGAAUAUGCCUGUCGCUAAUAUGCUCACUCCUGCCACCGGGCCUACGAACCAAGAUUACUUUAGCUCCAAUCCAAGCAACCCUGCAUACGCACAGUCUUCUUCGAAUGACUUGAGCAUGUCUCAUGACGCCCACGUGUAUCCUGAGCCUCCAGCUACUGCGACAUUAACGGCGCAGCAGCCGACAACUAUGAGUUAUGCACAGCCUUCGCUCUCCGAUACGACGGACUAUGCAAACCGAAAUGCGGACAUAACAGCUUAUGCUCAGCCUGCCGUUGUCGAGACCGAAGAUUCCACGCAACCCUCAUCUAGAAGCCCCAACGCUUCCCGAACCUCUAGGGCGGGUUCUGGUAUGCGGCGCAACCUGCCGUCUGGGCAGCCUCAGAACUCUGGCAACGACCACCAUGACCCUCUACAUAGCCAUGCCCAGGGCUGGCAGAGUACGUCGCCGACUAUGACUUCUAGGCAACCGCAAUCACGACAAAGCACACAAACCCCAACCCAGGCCUCUAUGCUUUCACAACAGCCCGCGUACGAUACAGUUCAGCAAGUUGCUGCCCGGGCCGCCAUUCAGCAGCAGCACCUGCAGCAUCGAGUGUCUCCAGCGACCCAAGUCUCCCAACCGACACAAACACAAGCCUCCCCGUUCCAAGCCCCGGUGCAAGCAGCCCGGGCCAAGAGUCAGGCAGGACAUAGAGCGUCAAACCAGACCCCCAUUAAGAACAGCGGGCCACAAACGACUCCUUCACAUCACACAGUGCAACCAAACACGACUGUAGAUCCCUCGACAUACCGCAGCACUCAGUCGAUGGGCAGAUCGACCGACUACGCCGCAUACAACACGAAAUACACAAGCGCAAAUAACGCUGCAAGGGCAGGCACAAGGGUCUCGUACGAGCCCCAAGCAACGCCAACAACGGCAGCGACCAACUCCACAUACCCGUCUUACGCCAACAAUCGAAGCAACGAUUCAAUUCAAAACACGAACAUCGCAUAUACCCCAAGCAACAACUCUCGGUCCGGGCAAUACCAAUCCCACAAUACUCAGCAUUACCAGAAAACAGACUCUCAGAGUACAUCGUCCUCUAAUCAACCGCCACCGGCCGCUCUUCAACAAAACGAAGCGCUGCAAUCGUUCAACAUGCGUACCUCUGUAUCUAAUUCUAAUCAAUCAUCAGCAAAAUACCAGCAGCAGCAGCCGCAGCCUCAGCCACAGCAGAUGCAGUCGUACAACUCUUACUCAUCGCAAGUUGAACAAAACAUGCCCCAAGCUGACCAGCACAAUUGGUAUGGGUUCGGUUCUAACACAACCUCGUUCACACCGUCCAGCAACUCGGGAGGCUACGCUGCUAGAGGCAACCCGUCCAGCAACUACGGGGGCGGUGUUUCCAACUCUAACCAGGGAUACCAUCAGCAACAUCAUCACAACGCCCUCAAUAUAUCGGGCGAUAACUACACUGGUGGCGAAGGAGACAUGUACGAGCUACUAAAGCUCCAAGGCUCUGGGCGCUGA